AAUACAAAAUUCAUUGUUUUACUCCUUUACAAUUCCAGACUUCUACGGACUAAUAAGUGUCAGAUCAUGCAGGUGCUACAGUAAGUUGUAUAGAGGAAAGAAAGCAGUUCAAGUCCUUCAGUGAUCAUGCUGGAUUUUAAUAGGAACUUUCUCAUUCGAAAAUUAUCGAUGGCAAUUUCCUUUGUCACGUUCGCUUUCCUGAAAACUUCGACCGCGAGCAGUGUUCCUUCUCCGAUCCAGUUUCCUCCAAUCAUUGGUAUCUCUCAAAAUGAACAGUUUCCUACGGGGCAUCUUCAACCUUUGGGCUAUCAGCGUGUUCCUGAUGGACCCGUCAAAGAGUACUUUGACGUUCUUCGAGGUGAUUUGUUUUGGGAGAAACAUGUUGGUAAAGGCAUUCCAUUGGUGUUUCGACAGGGAAUCGGCGAAUCACCCGCUUUAUUUACGUGGACGGAUCAUUAUUUAAAAGACAAAUAUGGAGACCUAGAUGUCCUCAUUGAGUUAAAACAAGAAAAUCGUUCUCAUCCUCCUCGAAGGAUGACUAUUGCGGAGUUUCUCUCUCGGUACAAGGAAGAAGAUAUGUAUAUUGUUACAGUUUUGCCUGAUCCGAUGAGACGAGAUGUUCAGGUAAGGUAACCAAGCAGAAGUAGAGGUAAACAAAAAUGUUGGUUUAAAGAAGUUCACAGGUUGUUAACUAUCUAUUGUUUGCUUCUCGCGCCCUUGAUGGUAAGGAAAUUAAUCUUUUUAUUGCUCUAACGGAGUCGAUUACGUGUAAAUCUGAAAAUUUAUAUUGGAUGAAAAACCGUCCAUCCGGUAUUCUACCGAAAGUGCAGUUCAAAAAAAGUAUACAAAAGAUUCAAAAGACACUACUUCAAGUUAUAGAUAGUUCAUGUGUUUGUUGAAGUGAUCGGUCCAAUUAGGUUAUUGUUGGUUAAAUUUUAAUUCCUGAAAGAUCUAACUGCACGUUAAAUAUAACUGUUGCACGCUUCCUGGUAAAUUCGGUCUGAGAAUUUGGUCUGAUAUUAAUUUAAGAAAAUACCCAGCUGAUAACGUUGUCCAUUGCUCCUUACUUGCUUAGUGAUGAAUUGAUCUAACCUUUUAACUCCCAGAAGUGAAUAACCUAAAACUUCUCUUGACAAUAUCCAUACACUUCAGCAAACAGGUAAAGAGAAUAUUCAAACUUAUCAGGUAGAAGCUGCUAUCUUGAUCUGGAACCAAGUUCUCAUAACUAAUUUAUAAGGAAAUGUGUAGCAGUUAGAGGGGAGAAUUAACAAUUAGAUCUUGGGAGUUAAAGGGUUAACUCAAGUUAUUGUAGAAGUUACUUGUUACCCACCUCUACCAGGGGAUUUAUUGAUUAAGUUACAAGGAAGUAUUUAUAAAAGAAUUUAACAAACUUUCAAACAUUGAUAAUAAAAAAUGUAUUGUAUUUCCUCAAACAAGCUCUUAGAUGCUUUUUUACAUUUUCAGCUUAAAGGAGGGGCACUUAUUUGAGGGAAGGAACUUAAUCAAGGGAGCACUUAUUAUACUCCUCGACGGAUUCCACUCUAGUUGGAGCUUAAAACGUUUUGAAUAAAGUGGCAAUGGAAACAGGUUUUCCUAGUAUCCCUACUAUGUAAGAAACUAAGGGAAGAGGGGGGCACUUAUUCGAGAGGGGUUCUUUUUUGACAUUAUUGCCUCAUGGGGAGGGCACUUUUUCAGGGCAGGGUACUUAUUAGGGUGUAGCGCUUAUUCAAGAAAAAAAAAGUAUAUAUAUUAUAUUGUCAGCUUAUAUUUCUCUAAAACUUCCUUGAACUCAGGUUCCAACCUGUUUGCUUUGUGGCACAUUUCUUGAUUAUGUCCAUGAAACCAAUUUCUGGAUGAGUUCAGGAGGAACGCGAUCAGUCAUUCAUUAUGAUGCAGAUCAUAACUUGCAUUGCUUGGUAACUGGGCGCAAGGAUUUUAUCAUGAUGGAGAAAAAAUACUAUACAGACUUGUACUUCCUAGAGAAGGUAAAUAUAUAAAUAAAAACUUAGAGAAAUGGUAGAGUUUAAAAUGUUGUUUUACACUUUGUAUUCAUUUUAGUCCAAAAGAGUAGAAAAAGGUGGUUAUUUUUUUCAGGGCUUCUUUAAUUUUCCACCAUAUACUCAAAGUGUUUUUCUAUAACUUUCAGAAUCAACAUUCAGGAUCAGGGUUUUCAGAAAUUGACCCAAACAGGAUUAACUUGUUUGAACAUCCUAAUGUGGCUAAUGUACCAUGGACCUAUGCAACACUCUCGCCAGGGGACUGUAUUUACAUUCCAGCAGGUAAAGCCAUUAGGUUGGGUGUCAAGGGUUACCAAUUACUGCAGGAAGUUUGAUUUCUGUGCAUGAAGGAACUAUCCCAUAGUACUGUAUUUUACUUAUUAUACAGGGGGUAAGUUGCUGAAGAAACCGUGAUGCUGCAUUACUGAGGGAGUCUAAUGAGAUAAUUUUGGUUUUAUCAGCUGAGUUGAUGCUGAAAAUUGGUGUAGAGUUUCAAAGCUGAUGUGUUGAGCAUUAGUCUGUCAUCUGAGUGAAGGGUUAAUGCUCUGACAUAUGGCUAAUGUUUGAAAUGUCAGCUAUGAAACUCUCUACUGUGACCAAUGUACUUUAACAACUUAGUUGAUAAAAUCAAAAUUAUCUUGUCAUGUCAUCAUAGGCCUCCCUCAAACCAUGACCACCCUUAGCUUGCCUAAACUUGGUAAAAGGACCAUACAAAAUUAUCAAUAACUAUCUUCCAGUUAGAAGGAUGAAGCAUAAACUCAAGGUUUACAAGAAAAUAAAAAAACAAAAGUGCCACUGACACAAAUCAGUAAUGUAAACCAUCCUUAGAAAUUUUAAUUUAAAAAAAUGGGACAGUGAGUGAAACUCUAAACAAGCUUCUGUGCUGCAUAAUAAUCAUUUAUAUACACAUGUGGUUUGUGUAGAACAACCUCUUAGCACUUGAAAAUUAUUACCAACUCGCUUUUUAAGAUUUAACUACAUCUUCUUUUUUUCUUUCCUUCUUUUUAAAUGAGUGAUUUGUUACACUUAUUGCAUGGUAAUAUUUUGAUAAAUAUUAAUGAGCACUCAUUUAAAAUCUGUAUUUUGCAAUUUCAUUCCCAGUAUAUACUUGCAAAAAAAUUAGGAACCAUACAUACCUAAUUCUUUUCAACUUUUUUCUCUUUAGAAUACAUACAUCAGGUGCGGUCAUAUAACAGAACCAUCUCAGCAACAAUUCUCUUCACAUCAGGACCCCUGGUGGGGGCACCUUUUGAACCCAAAGGUUGUGACAGAGAACAUUUUGAAUACACACCACUUAGUGAGUUGAAAGUACACUGGACAUAUAAAAAGGGAGACAGGCUUAUUGAAAUGGGUUACAUGAACGUGGAGGUUCUGCGUUAUAGCAUACUAGCAACCAUGAAGGAAAGAAAUGAAGAUGUUUUAACAAAAUAUACAUUUCUUGAUCUAUGGCAGCAACAAGAAGACAGGGAAGGGGACCAUGAUAAAGACAAACUAAGUGAAGAACCUUUUAAAAUUUUUCAUCAGCUUUUGGAUACUGAGAGAAAAGGAUUCUUGACAAAACAGGACAUAUUAACUAUUACACAUGAAAAUCUUAAGAAAGUGGCCCGUUUACUUGAUCCUCCUCAUGGGCCUGUGGUAAAAGAGGAAGAAGAAAACAGCUUAAAUGAAGACACAGGAUCACACGAGGAACUUUAAUUGAUGUUGUUAAAUUAUCUAACUGUAAGUUAACAAAGAGAGUCAUGAGAAACAGAUAAUCUAGCUUCUGCUUCAACUGUCAGUCUCUUCAGAUGUAAAAUAUUCUAUAUACAGACUGCGCAAUAAGAUUUCUGUGCCCAGUGGGUACUACCCAGCCUUAAGCUAUUGUUAUUUCAUACAGUCCAUGCUUUCACUGAGUAAAAGCUUAAUUCCACCUCCUUAUGCUUACUCAUCC